GUGGCGUCGGUGGCGACGGCUGUCACCUGCGCUCGGCGGACAUGGCGGAGGGCAUGGAUGCGGGCAAAGACCCCAACGGGCCCACCCAUUCGUCCACUCUGUUCCUGCGGGGAGACGGCACCCCGCUGUCGUUCUACGUGCGGCCCAGCCCCGCGAAGCGCCGCCUGUCCACGCUGAUCCUGCACGGCGGCGGCUCGGUGUGCAGGGUGCAGGAGCCCGGGGCCGUGCUGCUGGCCCAGCCCGGGGAGGCGCUGGCCGAGGCCUCGGGAGACUUCAUCUCCACGCAGUACAUCCUGGACUGCGUCGAGCGCAACGAGAGGCUGGAGCUGGAGGCCUACCGGCUGGGCCCGGCGGCGACGACGACGACGACGACGGCCGAGCAGGCCUGGGACACAGAGCCCGGGGCUCCCGCCGAGGCCUCCGCGGAGGCCGAGCCGCAGCCGGCGUCCGGGCGAAUCGCCUUCACCGACGCCGACGACGUGGCCAUCUUGACCUACGUGAAGGAGAAUGCCCGCUCGGCCAGCUCGGUCACGGGCACCGUCUUGUGGAAAGCGCUGGAGAAGAGCGCGCUCACGCAGCACUCGUGGCAGGCCCUCAAGGACCGCUACCUCAAGCACCUGCGGGGCCACGAGCACAAGUACCUGCUGGGCGACGCCCCCGUGAGUCCCUCUUCGCAGAAGCUCAAGCGGAAGGCCGAGCAGGACCCCGAGGCUGCGGACAGCGGGGAGCCACAGAAUAAAAGAACUCCAGACUUGCCUGAAGAAGAAUGUGUGAUGAAAGAAGUCAAGGAGAAUGAUAAAGUAGCCAAAGACUUGUUUGAGGAAGUUCCUCAGGAGUUUGAAGAAGUUUCGGUAGAUAAGAACACUGAUUUUGAAAUCCAUAUAACAAUGUGUGAUGAUGAUCCUCCCACACCAGAGGAAGAUUCAGAAACACAGCCUGAUGAGGAAGAAGAAAAGGUUUCUACACCAGAGGUGGGAGCUGCCAUCAAGAUCAUCCGGCAGUUAAUGGAAAAGUUUAACUUGGAUUUAUCUACUGUUACACAGGCCUUCCUAAAAAACAGUGGUGAGCUAGAGGCUACGUCCUUCUUUUUGGAGUCUGGUCACAGAGCUGAUGGAUAUCCCAUUUGGUCUCGACAAGAUGACUUAGAUUUGCAAAAGGAUGAUGAAGAAACUAGAGGUGCACUGGUCAAAAAAUUUGGUGCUCAGAAUGUAGCUCGGAGGAUUGAAUUCCGAAAGAAAUAAUGGACAAGAUAAUAAAAGGGGUGUGGUAUGUAUGGCUAUAAAAAGAUGUGACCACUCAGUUUUAGAGAGUUCUUAAGUUGAAACUGAUGCUUAUCUUCUGAUCGAUACUGCUACUGUUCUGUGAGUCCCAGAUUUAUAGCCAAGCAGGGUUAUGUAGCAGAAUAAGUAUAAAGAGCUGGGUGUGGUAGCGCACACCUUUAAUCCCAGCACUCGGGAGGCAGAGGUAGGAGGAUCGCUGUGAGUUCGAGGCCACCCUGAGACUACAUAGUGAAUUCCAGGUCAGCCUGAGCUAGAGUGAGACCUUAUCUCAACAAAACAAAACAAAAAAAGAAUAUAAAGAAAUUGGAUACAUUUAAAGCAAGUAUGAAUUUGCUUAGUAAAGAAACUAGAGAGGUUGGUCUAUAUAAUAGUGGUAAUCCUUUGCUAGAAUGUAAUUCCUGCCAAACUGGUGACAGGAGCCUCAUGCCAAGUUAAAGAGGAAAAAGAUGGAAGGCAUAGGAUAGGUCUUUCACCUAUCAGUGAAGAACUUCCUUUCUGUCCUUUGGCAGGAGUUCCUGUAAAGGAUGGUGAUUUUAAAUCAAGAAUCUAGAAAUAAGGGAAGUUUUAAUUAUAAGGCCUUUAACGUGAACUGCCCCAAACCAUUCUACCCAUCAAUGAGCUUUGUUUUCUACCACUUUGAAAAGUCCCAUAUUCACUCUGCUAACUUAGCAUUUGGAAAUUCUGCUCUUUGGAUAUUGUUUUAUUUGAGUUGCAUCAAGUCUCUAUCAUUUCUUUGCUUACCACUGUUUCAUUUAAAACAAAAAAGGUAGAGUCUGAAGAACUAUCUUACUCUGUUAAUUGUAAUGUGUGAUGUUUUAUUGAGCAUAAUUUUCUGCUAAAGAUUGUGUCAAACUUUAAAAUUAGUGGAUUGGGUCUACUUUUUUGUGUUGCUUUCAUUGUUGAUAAUAAAUGCAACUUUGUGUUAAA